AUGGUUCCAGUCUCCGUCUUCCCGUUCCGCGUGGGAGAGAUCUCCAACAAACGUGUCAAGCUUAUCCCCUUCAAUCCAGACCAACACUGCGAAGCAUUCUUCCGCAUAUCCUCGCUCGAUCCCGAGAUUUACCAACACUUACCCAUACUACCGCCAGCUUCAGCAAUCGAACUCAAAUCCCGAUUCCACAGUAAUUCAACAAGUGAUAUUCUAUCCUUCUCUAAUCCAGAGUCGUUCGCCUUUGCCAUUAUAGACAAGACACGGCCGCCAUCUGCUGAGGAUCCGGAGGGUGAACUAGCUGGCACUGUGAGCUUUAUCCGCACAUCACCGACGAACCUGUGCACUGAGAUUGGAUUUAUUGUCAUUCUGCCUCCGUACCAGCGAACCCAUGUGGCGACCAAUGCUGUUGGGCUCGCUCUACAGCUUGCCUUUAAGUUUCCGGAGAAUGGAGGCCUUGGAUUACGCAGAGUACACUGGUCGGCUAGCACGAUGAACCUUGCUAGUGCUCGACUUGCGCAGAGGAUGGGAUUUGAGAAGAUCGGGAUCAUACCGUGGCAUAUGCGGUUUGUGAAGGGGAAGAUUAAUGGGAAAGUCGGACAUGGUAGGGAGUUGCCGCCUGGAGGUGAUCCGGAGGAUUUGUGGAGAGACACACUGAGUCUUGGUCUGGCAUGGGAUCAAUGGGAAAAUGGCGCGAGAGAAAGGGCGGCGAAGGCGAUGGAGAGAUGA